CUUUUUACGAGUAAUAUAACUACCCCCAAGUAGGCUCCAUAGGAAGUCCUUGUGUCUGAAACCUCUUUUCAAAUUCACCCAUUCAUUCGGCACUCGAUCCAGACGGGCCGACAACCAUAAUGGAGAAACAUCUGGACACGAACAAGGAUGAAUCGAAACUUGCCGAGCUCGGCCAUGAGCAGUCCUUCCAACGGAACUUCAGUCGUUGGACUAUGCUGGGACUGGCUUUCGCUAUUCUGAACUCGUGGACUGCUCUCGCUGCUUCCCUUUCUUUGGCACUACCAUCUGGUGGACCUGUUGCUGUCAUCUGGGGCCUGGUCACCGCAGGGAUCUGCAACCUAUCACUGGCAGCCAGCCUGGCGGAGUUCCUCUCCGCGUAUCCAACAGCCGGAGGCCAAUACCAUUGGGUCGCGAUGAUUGCGCCUCCUUCCUUGAAGCGUGGACUUUCUUGGGUCACUGGCUGGAUCAACUUGUUUGGAUGGAUGGCACUGGUUGCGACCAACAGCUCACUGUCCAGCACAUUGGUCAUAAAUCUUAUCUCGCUCAUGCAUGCCGAUUACGUCUCACAAAGAUGGCAUCUGUUUCUCAUUUACAUGGGAAUCACGUUGUUUGCAUUUUGCGUCAACGCAUUCAUGCUGCCAUUGCUACCGCGGCUCAACUCAUUUGCACUUCUGUGGAGUAUCAGCGGGUUCCUCAUCAUUUCCAUUACGCUUUUGGCUUGCGCCACGCCAAACUACGCGACACCCGAAUAUGUAUUCGCGACUUUCAUUAACACAACGGGCUGGCCAGACGGAAUCGCUUGGCUUCUAGGCCUCCUUCAGGGAGGCCUAGGUCUUACCGGCUUCGAUGCAGUGGCACACAUGAUUGAAGAGAUCCCAAACGCGGCAUCAGAAGGGCCCAAGAUCAUGUUGGAAUGCCAGUAUAUCGGCAUUAGUACAGGCCUGAUCUUCUUGAUCGUGCUCUUGUUCACGUCAGGCGGCAUGGAAAACAUGUCCGCAAUCACCGGGUCUGCUGCGGGGCCAUUGCUGGAAAUAUUCUACAUUGCGACAAAUAAUCGAGCUGGCGCAGUAUGUCUUCUCAUGUUUCCUUUGCUCUGUCUUGUAUUCGCAGGAACAGCUUGUCUUACGACUUCUUCUCGAAUGGUUUUCGCUUUCGCCCGAGAUGGUGGCCUUCCGGCCUCUCGCUGGCUCUGGGAGGUUCAUCCAUCUCUGAAUGUACCAAUGAACGCGCUCUACCUAAACUUUGUAGUUGUCACCGUCUUCGGUCUCAUUUACAUUGGUUCACCCGUCGCAUUCAAUGCCAUCAUUGCAUCUGCUGUCACAGCUUUGGGCCUCAGUUAUGGAAUUCCAGUCGCCUUGAAUCUUGCCUACGGACGCUCUAGGCUUUCCGAGCGCGCAUUCGUUUUGCCCGACUGGCUUGGAUGGACAGCCAACAUCAUCGGACUCAUUUAUGUCAUUAUUACAACUGUCUUGUUCCUAUUCCCUCCGGCAAUUCCGGUCACCGGUACAACUAUGAAUUAUUGUAUAGUGGCAUUCUCUAUUGUCAUCUUGAUUUCGGCAUUUCAAUGGGUCAUCGACGGGAGGAAGAACUUCCACGGGCCCCGUAUCACUAUUGCUGGGCUUGAACCCGUUGCUACUGCGUAGUUGAUGGCGAUAGAUUCGUGUAACACAAAUCUUAUAGUCAUUUAGGGAAUUUUACCACUGCAAUUUAUCUACUGCAAUUUAAAUCCCACUUCAAUGAAGUGAUGUCCCCAACUCAGGUAUCCCAUGAUUGUCAAAGUUGAUUGUCAUGAUCUGUCGCAUCAGCUAUGACUAGUUCAAGCACUGUCUUUCAAAUUUCAAAUUGUUCAUUCAUAUCAAGUUAAUACUUCAGUUUCAACCAUUUUGGGGAGGACACCUCAAAAAGCAUGAAGGGGUUGACAUAUCUUAUGGUAACUCACCACUAAUGGUCGAC